CACAUCAGCGUACGAGAACUCAAGGCCACCUUCUUUGCCCUAAAGUCCUUUCCAAAGAAGCAGUCUCACAAGACUUUUUGCCUGAGCAUAGGCAACACGACGGCAGUGUCCUACGUAAAAAACAAGGGAGGACCGCGGUCAACUUGUCUCGUAGAGUUAACACUGGAACUCCGGAACUGGUGCCUGGAGCGGAACAUAUUGGUAACAGCUCAGCAUGUACCAGGCAAAUUGAACACAGUGGCAGACUCUGAAUCGAGGGUGCUCAACGACAGCAGAGAGUGGAAAGUUGACCUGUUUGCUUCUUAACCUCCCGGCUCCCCAAAUACGUUAGCUGGCGCCUGGAUCCAGAGGUGUUGCUCUCGGAUGCCCUGACAAUAAACUGGACAACCUUCAUGGGUUACGCCUUUUCACCCUUCCACUUUAUCCUGGCUGUACUGAGCAAAGUAUCUUGGGACCAGGCAGACAUCAUAUUAGUUGCGCCUCUCUGGAAAGCCUUGGUGCCACCUCUCCUGGGUCUUCUGGUCGAUCAUCCAGUCCUUCUUCCUAGCACGAGACACCUUCUAACAGACCCCGCGAGCCCCCAAAAUAUACAUCCAAUGUUUCACCUAUUACACUUAGCCGUGUUUCACAUUUCCGGGGACAGUACCAGGCAAUGGGACUUUCUAACGACGUUACCGAGAUUCUCCUUGCAGCAGCUCACCCCUCAACACAGAAAACGUAUAAAUCAGCUUGGGGA